AUGGUCACCAUGGGCCAGUGCUACUACAACGAGACCAUCGGCUUUUUUUAUAACAACAGUGGCAAGGAGCUCAGCUCCCACUGGCGGCCCAAGGAUGUGGUUGUGGUGGCACUGGGGCUGACUGUCAGUGUGCUGGUGCUACUCACCAAUCUGCUUGUCAUCGCUGCCAUCGCCUCUAACCGCCGCUUCCACCAGCCCAUCUACUACCUGCUGGGCAACCUGGCCGCAGCUGACCUCUUUGCUGGUGUGGCUUACCUCUUCCUCAUGUUCCACACAGGCCCGCGCACGGCCCGGCUCUCACUGGAGGGCUGGUUCCUCCGACAGGGUCUGCUGGACACAAGCCUGACGGCGUCGGUGGCCACACUGCUGGCCAUUGCUGUGGAGCGGCACCACAGCGUGAUGGCCAUGCAGCUGCACAGCCGCCUGCCCCGUGGCCGUGUGGUCAUGCUCAUUGUGGGUGUGUGGGUGGCCGCACUGGGCCUGGGGCUGCUGCCCGCCCACUCCUGGCACUGUCUCUGCGCCCUGGACCACUGCUCGCGCAUGGCACCCUUGUUUAGUCGCUCCUACCUGGCUGUCUGGGCCCUGUCCAGCCUACUUGUUUUCCUGCUUAUGGUAGCCGUCUACACCCGCAUUUUCUUCUACGUGCGGCGGCGGGUCCAACGCAUGGCAGAGCAUGUCAGCUGCCACCCCCGCUACCAAGAGACCACACUCAGCCUGGUCAAGACUGUUGUCAUCAUCCUGGGGGCAUUCGUGGUCUGCUGGACACCAGGCCAGGUGGUACUGCUCCUGGACGGUCUGGGCUGCAAGUCCUGCAAUGUGCUGGCUGUAGAGAAGUACUUCCUGCUCUUGGCCGAGGCCAACUCGCUGGUCAACGCAGCGGUGUACUCGUGCCGCGAUGCUGAGAUGCGCCGCACCUUCCGCCGCCUCCUCUGCUGUGUGUACUUCCGUGGGUCCAGCCAUGAUUCGAUCCGCUAUCUACCCUCUGAGAGGACAGCUGCCAGCACUCGCAUCAUCCUUCCUGAGAACGGCCACCCCCUGAUGGACUCCACCCUUUAG